AUGGAACAGGACAUUACUGAGAAGCUUCAGAAGUUCACUCUAUCGGAUAGAGAAAAAUCUCGGGUUCGACUAUCAGAUGAAGACAUAGAACCGGGCCUACAAGAAUGUAAUCUCAGUCUCAUUGGAAAAAUAGUGGGGGAUAAAAAAGUUAACAUGGGGGGUCUGAAAACAACCAUGGGUGUUAUAUGGCGAACCAGCAGACCUUUCUCUGUUCGAAUCUUGGGACACAACCACUUUCAAUUCCUAUUUCAUGCGGAGGAAGAUAAGGCCAAAGUGUUAAGAGGAAAAAAUUGGUCUUUUGACAACCAGUAUCUGCUGCUCAAAGAAUGGAAAAAAGGGGAAACGGAUUUUAAGGAUGAGGAAUUGAAAGUCGCCCUUUGGGUUCAGGUCCAUAAUCUUCCAUUGCAUUGGAUCUCUGAAGAAACAGGAGCUAAGAUUGGAAAAGUGUUUGACAGAAUCCAUGACAUUGCUAUUCCAGGGGCAGGUAGUGUGAAUGGAAAAAUAGUCAGAAUCCUCGCUGAUAUCAAUGUGCUUGAACCAUUACCAAGAGGUACUUUCAUCACCCUUGCCUCAGAAGAACUCUGGAUAGAUUUUCGGUAUGAAAACCUUCUUACAUUUUGUUUCUACUGUGGCCGAGUGGGACACAAUGACAGAGGUUGUGACCUGAAAAAAGCGGAUAUUCAUAAUAGCUCGCUUAGCUUAGGUCAGUAUGGAGAAUGGCUUCGCGGUUCUUAUGGGGGUAUGUUUGAGCCAAAAGAAAAGCGAUCCUCAAGUCCGAUUAAUCCUCAACAAAACUCUGAAUCUAGCAAAGCCAUAAAACAGGGGGGCGGGAUUGAGUCUUUAAGUGAUAGUGUGAGAACCAAUAUCCCCAAUCAUAGCAUAGGAGAGAGAUUAGAAACCCCGGAUAAAACUCCCAUCAUAAGCACAACUUUGGAACUGGCUAUUGCUACUGGCUCAGGAAGUAAAACUCCUGAAAACAGUAAAGGCAAGGCCAUUAUAAUUGAACCCAUGGAGAUGGACUUAAGUGGGAUCCCAAAUCCUAACUUCAGUAAUCUCAUCAAUGUUCCAAUUAGCCAAGCUAAGUCCACUGAUGUGCCAAAACAAAAAACCUUCCAUAGAAUCACCAAGAAUAGAGGAAAUGUUCAAAUCUCUGGGACAACUAAAGUCCAAACACCUCAAUCCCAUCACAUAGCACCCCAGUCUCCUGUUUUGAAAAGGAAGUCUGAUACCUCUGACAAUACUGCUCAAGCUCAACACUUAGUUGAAACCAAGAAGCAAAAGUUGACUGAGGUACUGGUGUGGAAUUGUAGAGGUCUGGGAGGACCCUCUACAAUUCCCCAGUUGAAGGAUAAUAUAAGAUCCUACCUUCCAGAUUUUGUCUUCAUUUCUGAAGUGAAAAAGAAAAAAGCUUUUGUUGAUACAGUUUGUAAGAACAUUCCUUUUGUUAGUAGCUGGGAAUUUGUUAGCCCUGUAGUCUGUUUCCUCUGGGAAGGGGUAGGUGAUAGGAUUUGGGCUAUUUUUGUAUAUGCUAGUGUUGAGCAAGAGGAGAGGAAGUCCCAAUGGCAAAUGCUGAUAAGACACCACCUCAGAUGGGGUGAUUUAUGGUUCAUUGGAGGAGACUUCAAUGACAUCCUCAGUAAUGAGGAGAAAAAUAGGGGUCUAGUCAGAAGUGAGUCCAGUUUCCAUGCUUUUAAAAAUUUUACCCAAAUCCUUGGGGUGCUUGAAUGCCCUUUCAUUGGUCAUCCCUUUACUUGGUCAAAUGGUAGACAAGGUUCUGAUUUUGUUGAGGAAAAAUUGGACAGGUUCCUUCUCUCCCCAAAUUGGCUCUUACAGUACCCCAAAUCUUUUGUCACUCAUGUCCAAAUGGUAUCAUCUGAUCACCAUCUAUUGGUGCUGCAAACCGAGGUGUUGGAGGAAAAAAAAAGAAAGAUAUUUUGUUUUGAUAAUAGGUGGGUUGGGCAAGCAGGAGUUGAGGACUGUAUUAGGGAAGCUUGGAACUCAGAAAAGAGAUGUAAAGGUCUCUAUAAUUUCCAGAAGAAGCUCAGAAAUACCAAGAUGGGAUUGUUGGGGUGGCUUGUGCAAAAUCAUACAAACUCAGCCAAAGCCAUCAAAUCAUGUAACCAAAAGCUUGAGAUUCUGGGACAACAAGGUGGAAGCAGAGACUGGGCUGAAUGGGAAAAUUGUAAGGGGCUCCUGCAUAAGGCUUAUAAAGAUGAGGAAAGCUACUGGAAACAAAAGUCCAGACUCAAAUGGCUCAGGGAAGGGGACAGUAACACUAAGUUUUUUCAAGCAUGUGUCAAACAAAGAAGAUGGGGGAAUUCUCUUGAGAAUUUAGUUAACAGCAAUGGUGUAAAGUGUAGAGACAGAACUGAGCAACUUCAGAUGAUAAUGGAGUACUUUCAGAGCAUUUUCCAAUCUGCAAACCCAGACUUUAUUGAGGAAGCUCUCUCAGGUAUCCCAAACUCCAUCACUACUGAGAUGAACUUGGAACUCACUAGACCAGUGGAUGAGCAGGAAGUUAAAGCAGCCCUGUGGGAUAUGGAGCCAAGCAAAUCUCCAGGUAUUGAUGGUUUCACACCUUGUUUUUUUCAAUCCUACUGGGAAUUUAUAAAAAAGGACCUUUGUUCAGCAAUUGAUAAUUUUCUCAAUACUGGCUGCAUUCCAUCCUAUACCAACCACACCCUUAUAACUCUUAUACCUAAAAUUAAAAACCCUCAAAAGGUCUCUGAUUUUAGGCCAAUCAGCCUCUGUACAGUUUCCUAUAGGCUCUUCUCCAAAAUCCUGGCCUCUAGACUCAAGCAUACUCUUAGAUCUUGCAUAUCUCAGUCCCAAGCUGCUUUUGUCCCUGAUAGAUUAAUCCUAGAUAACAUAGUAAUAGCUAAUGAAUGCUUGCAUUUUCUCAACAGCAAGAAAAAAGGCAAAAAAUGCUUCAUGGCCCUAAAAAUUGACAUGGCCAAAGCUUUUGAUAGAAUAGAAUGGUCUUUUCUUAUUAGAAUCUGCAGAAAAAUGGGGUUUGGGGAAACUUUUCUUUCUUGGAUUUGGGCUUGUAUCAGCACUACUUCUUUUUCUUUUAAUAUAGGUGGGCAAGCAUUGGGCAACAUCAUCCCCUCCAGAGGGCUGAGACAGGGAGACCCUCUUUCUCCAUACCUGUUCAUCAUAGUUACUGAAGCCCUCUCAAAUCUUAUUAAUAAAGCCUGUGUAUCCUCUAACUACAAGGGAAUCCAAAUCAGUAAACAUUCACCAAGUAUAUCUCACCUCUUUUUUGCUGAUGAUGCUUUGAUAUUUUGCCAUGCUGAUCAUUUCCAUGCUCAAACCUUACUCAAUAUUUUGAAUCUCUAUUGUUUUGUUUCUGGUCAGGCAGUAAAUUUGCAUAAAUCCAAUGUUUUUUUCUCAGCCAAUACUCCAGAUGCCCUUAAAGCUGAUAUUUGUCAUAUCCUUCAAGGUAUUGUCAUUGCUAAAAGCUCUAAGUAUCUGGGACUUCCACUGGGAAUUGGCAGAAACAAAAAAGACACCUUUGCUUUUGUUAAAGAGUGUGUGAGUUCUAGAAUUAUGAGCUGGAGGAAUAAAUUCCUAAAUGAGGCAGGCAGGGAGAUUCUUAUAAAGACUGUUUUGAGUGCUCUCCCUGUCUAUGUGAUGUCCAUCUUUAGAUUACCUGUGGGGGUUUGUCAAGAUAUUUGUAGAGAUUUAGCUACCUUUUGGUGGGGGAAAACUGAUGAGGGAAAGAGUAAAAUCCACUGGACUCUUUGGAGCUGUCUAGCUAAGUCAAAAUGGGAGGGGGGUUUAGGGUUCAGAGACCUGUGUGAUUUUAAUGAAGCUCUUAUCCUUAAGCAGCUUUGGAGAUUGUUAACAAAGCCAAACUGUCUUAUGAGUAAGGUUUUGAGAGGUAGAUAUUUCUUUAGGCAAAACUUUAUGGAGGUUAGCAAGAAGUCUAGUGAUUAUUGGAUGUGGAAAGGGUGGUUAGAUGCUAGGAAAUCACUUGAGUUAGGAAUGAGAUUUCAGGUAGGUUCUGGUAAGGCUAUCAAUUUGUGGGAUUCACCUUGGAUCCCAAACAGCACAAAAUUCAAACCUGUUUGUCAAUUUGCAGAUGAUAAGUUGCACUUGAAGAAAGUCUCAGACAUAAUGCUGGAAUGUGGCAAAAAAUGGGACUAUGAGCUCAUCAUGCAAACUUUUAGCCCAUUGGAUGCUGCAAACAUCUUAAAAAUCCAUGUCAGUCAAACAGGCUCCACAGACAAGUUGGUGUGGCACUCUGACAAAAAAGGAAUGUUCUCAGUCAAAGAAGCAUACAAGACCAUCCAACACAAUCACAAAAUGAAGAAGGGAUCUGAAGGCUCAAGCAGGAACACAGACAAGACAAUCAGCCACAUCUGGAAUAGAAUCUGGAAGCUACCUAUAAAGCCAAAACUGAGAAACUUUUUAUGGAGAUGUUGGCACAACUGGCUGGGCAUAAGAGUAAAACUGCACCAGAGGGGUAUGGCAGUUGAUACCAAAUGUUGCUGGUGUGGAGAAGAGGAUGAAGAUAUAAUUCACUUAUUCUUCAAGUGUCACAGGGCCAAAAGGGUGUGGAAAAUAGCAGGCUUGGACUGGGUAAAGCUUAACCAAGAUCACAUCGACUACAGAGAAUGGUGGGAAGACUUAUGUUCCAUGCAAAAUUCUGUGGCAAAUGGCCAAAGGAUUACUCUAUCCACAUAUCUCCUGUGGUGGAUGUGGAGAACACGCAACCACUGGAUAUUCAAUAAGGUACACACCACUGAAUUACAACUUGUGAAAGGGGCCAUAGGAGAAUGGUUGGAAUAUGAUCACAUCAAAAGGAACAGUGCAAGGUCAAGGAGCAGAAACCAUUGUGUGUUAUUGAGACAAGGAGUAGGGGAACAUUCUCAGGUUCCCAGUGCUAGUGUCCAAAACAUCCACAAAGGGCAUCUGCUGUGCAAAGCUGUUAUAAAUGGGAAGGAGCAUGUUGCUGUAUCUGUGACUGGACAGAAGGGGAACCAUCAAUGGGAGUCCUCCUUACUCCAAAUCAGAGAAUGGCUGUUAAUGGGUGAAAGGGUGGGGUGGCAGCAAGUUGAAAUUCAGGUGGGAUGUGAAAUCCUUAGGCAGCAUUUGACUAAAUAUCUUGCUUUUGAUUGUAAUAUAGCUGUUUUGGCCUCUGAUAUUUUUGCUCUUAUUCCCUCUUUCGAGGCAGUGAUUUUCUCUUCUUUUUCUUAG